AUGUCUGCAAUCCAUAACCUAUCCAUACAGGGUAUCAGGUCAUUUGAUGCACGUGAUAAGGAAGUAAUCAAAUUUGGCAAGCCGUUGACUUUGAUUGUUGGGGCUAAUGGAUGCGGUAAGACGACUAUUAUCGAGUGUCUGAAAUACGCUACUACAGGGGACUUGCCACCUAAUUCGAAGAAUGGGGCGUUUAUUCAUGAUCCAAAGAUUAAUGGUGAGGUAGAUGUGAGGGCGCAGGUUAAGUUGGCGUUUACGAAUGCAAAUGGAGUGCAGAUGGUUGUAACGAGGAACAUACAGUUGAUGAAGAAGCGGUCGACGGCGACAUUCAAGACUUUGGAGGGCCAGUUAGUUUCUAUUAAUAAGGGGGAACGUACGACUUUGAGCACGCGGGCUGCGGAUCUGGAUCAGCAGGUUCCUUUGUAUCUUGGGGUUCCCAAGGCUAUUUUGGAUUAUGUUAUCUUUUGUCACCAGGAGGAUUCGUUGUGGCCGUUAAGCGAGCCUGCUAAUUUGAAGAAGAGGUUUGAUGAGAUAUUCCAGGCUAUGAAGUUUACCAAGGCUUUGGAUAACCUGAAAUCUAUCAAAAAGGAUAUGGCGGUGGAUAUCCGGCUGCUAAAGCAGUCUGUCGAACAUUUGAAGACCGAUCGUGAUAGGUCCCGAGCCAUAGCACUAUCCAUUUCCGAAUUGGAAGACAAGACGGAGAGCUAUAAAGCGACCCUUCCUGUGCUUGAAGCUCAGUUAAAGGAUAUUACCGAGCAGUCUGAUAAGCUGUUUAAGUCAAAUCAGGAGUUUCAGCAGGUGUUGUCUAAGUUAGAUAACCUAAAGCAUUCCCGGGAAUCUGUUGCUAACCAAAUAAAACGGCUAGAGGAAUCAAUCGAGCCUUUAGACAUGAGCAGGGAUGAGUUGCAGCAGCUGUUGGACAAUUUUUCAUCUGCUGUAGAUGAAAAACGUGAUGUCGUUUCCAAAUUAGAGGACGAUCUUUCUAAUGUUGAUGAGAAGCUUCAGAGGCUAAGGGGCAUCCGGGAGUCAAUGAUAUCUGAGCAUGCAGUACUGAGUUCUAAUAAGGAAAAGUAUGUGAAUAAUCUGAAGUUGCACGAAGAACUGUCAGCCAAGUUAGUUGCUAAGUACAAGUUUUCUGGUGUUGAUAUUUUGCACGAUAUGAAAUUGCUGGUUCUUGAUACUGAAAAAGCUGUUAGCAAAGCACGAGAAGACAACAGAUUACGUGAAGAGGGCUGCCAAGAUUUGUUGGCCAAGAAGAGGAAUACAUUGGUCAAGGAAGAGCAGAAACUUUCCUACACUGAAAGUGAUGCGACUAAACUGAAAGAACAGUUGGAUGCCUUAAAUGUUAGGUUAACAUCAAUUGAACAGACUGAGAGCGAUUUAAAGGUUUCUAAAGAAGAUUUGGAAAAGUAUAAGUCUCUUGUUGACACUUGGAGGCAGGAUAAAAAUUUUGAGCAAUUCAAUAAGGAUAUAAAAGCUAAGAACGAUGAGAUGUUAAUCCUUGAACAUGAAGUUGAAAAUGUCCAGAAUCAGAUUUCGAAAACAAACCAGCAUUCAGAUUUACUUGCCAAGUAUUCUAUGUUAAAGAGCUCCAUUCAAGACAAGAAGAAGGAAUUGGAUAGUAGUAUUUUAAAAAUUGAAGGCGACAAGAGCAGUCAAUUAUUGGGAAUGGAGGUUACAGACGAUUUUGAACUAGAUUUGAAAAAGAAUUACAUAAACCUACAGAAGCAAAUUGCAAGUAGCAGCAGAAGCAAUAGAGAAGCGAGUGCCAAGUGUACUGAAUUUCAGAUUGAAUUGAGAUCAGCAGAGAAAGAAUUAAAUCAAUUGAAUAAAAAAGUUCUCGACCUGAGGGAGAAACUUGCGAACGAAUUGCCUGAGGAUUGUAGCAUUGACGAAUAUGAUGAGGUGCUACUAGAAAGUGAAGAGUCAUAUAGAGUUUCCCUUGAAAAUUUAAAAAUGCAUAGGACAACCCUUGAGUUUAACUUAAAAGCUCUCGAAAUUGCGGAGAAUGAUCACUGCUGUUAUCUAUGCCAAAGGAAAUUUCAAAAUGAUGUUGAGAAAGCUAAUUUAUUGGAAGAGUUACAUUCUAAAACCAAAUCUGAUUUUGAGCAGACCUUAAUAAAAGAGGUACAGGAUCAGAAGGAAUAUUAUUUUUCCUUGAGAAAAUUAGAGAAGGAUAUUAUUGCUUUAAGGGAAGUUGAAUCCAAAGUAAAAUUGGCUCAAGAAAAUGUUAGCCAGUGGAAAGUUGUCCACCAUAACUCCAAGUUAAACAUGGAGUUAGCUGAUAGUGAACAUAAUCGUUUAAAAGAAGCACAAGAUCAUUUUGAAAGAACCUUAAAACCGAUUGUUAACGAUGUCAUCCGGCUCCGAAAAGAGUUAAAUCAAUCUGAGGCUGAUUGUAGUCGAAUUGAGGAGGAAUUGAGUAUAUAUUCCGAACAUUCUAAUGGGGUUCAAACAAUAGAUGAAUUCCAACUUAAACAGAAAAACAUUAAUGGACGUUUGAGAUUGUUACGUAAGGAGAUUGGGAAGUUGCAGGAAGAAAAAGAAAACAGUUCCACAGAAUAUAACAAUUUGUUAAAUCUUGUUAGGGAGAAAACAUUUAAAGUUAAUUAUAUCGAAAAAAAACUCGAAGAAAAGCGGCAUAUUCAGAAGGAUAUUGAUGAUAUAGCUUCAAAAUAUGGUAAUGUGGAUAGCGUGGUACUAGAAAUUCAAAAAAUUAUUGAUGGUUUAAAUUCUGAAAUUGGUGUACUUGAGAAAUCACUAGAAGAAGUACGUAUUGAGAAUCGAAAGUUAGAGCAGCAACAAGAUUUAAAUUUAACGGAAUUGAAAUCAAAUUUUGGAGUGUUUAAUUCUAUCGUCGAGGAGAUAAAAGCUUUUGAGAUAGAUGGAAUAAAAAAAUUAGAGGAUGUUGAGUCUUCUUUGCAGGACUGCAACGAAGAAAUUGAUACUUUGUCACAUAAAGUCAAUGAAUUGAACCAAAAGAUAAUCUCAGAAUCCCAGAAGCUGAAAGACUCCACUUCUGAACAGAAAAAUAUGAAGUUAAACAUUGAUUUAAUUGAUUUGAAGGGUCGGUUAGCUCAGAUUGGGGAACAUAUUUUAAACCUAGAUUCACAGAACGCCGAAGCUGAGCGUGACCGUUAUCAACAAGAAUCGACAAGGUUGAGAUUUAUGUUUGAGAAGUUAAGCUCUGAAAAUGCGGGGAAAUUGGGGGAGAUCAAACAACUGCAAAAUCAAAUUAGUUCGUUGACUAAACAAUUACAGACAGAAUAUAAAGAUGUUGAUAUAAAUUACCAGAAUGAGUGGGCAAGGCUUCAGACAAAGACGUUAGUUGCUGAUGAUAUUGAUACUUAUUCUAAAGUCCUAGAUAGUGCUAUUAUGAAAUAUCAUCGUCUUAAGAUGGAGGAUAUUAAUCGUAUUAUUGAUGAGUUAUGGAAGCGGACCUACAGUGGUACUGAUGUGGAUACGAUUAAAAUCAAGUCCGAUGAGCUUAGUAACAAUAAUAAGGGGAAAUCUUACAAUUAUCGUGUUGUUAUGUAUAAACAGGAUGCGGAAUUAGACAUGAGAGGCAGGUGCUCAGCGGGGCAGAAAGUGCUGGCUUCCAUUAUUAUUAGGCUUGCAUUAUCAGAAACGUUUGGUAUAAAUUGUGGCGUUAUAGCGUUGGAUGAGCCUACGACUAAUUUGGAUGAGGAUAAUAUUGCUAGUUUGGCUAGGUCUUUAAGUAAUAUCCUUGAAGUUCGCAGGCAUCAAAAAAAUUUCCAGUUGAUUGUUAUUACACAUGAUGAGAAGUUUUUAAGUCAUAUGAAUGCUGUAAACUUCACAGAUCAUUUCUGGAAGGUUAAAAGAGAUGAUAGGCAAAAAUCAGAGAUUCUGAUGGUCGACAUUGCCACGGCAAAAGAAUAA